AGAUUAUUGUUCGUCAACAUGGACGAAGCGUGAAAGGAUAGACCUGACAAUUAUGGUGGAUUAAUCAACUUCCUCCUUGCUAUGUAACUUUGAUGAAGACUGUGUAUAACUGCGGAUAAGAAAUAUUGGUGUCGAAAUAGAUUUAAUUAUCAUGUUGCCUGACUGACUUGAAAAUCUGCAGAAAAAAUAACAAAAGUGAAAGAUGGCCUCGACGAUGAAUGAAGUCGAAAUCUACCGCUGCCUCGAAAGAGGGCUAGUGGUCACCAUCUUUUUCUCCAAAAAGAGACCAGAAAAGAAAACGCUGCAAGUAAAACUGGAAACUAGACAACUAGUUUGGAUCCGAGCUAUGGGGAGCAAACCCGAUGGGACGCUGAACCUACGAGAAGUCCGUGAAGUAAGGGAUGGUAGAAACAGUAAAGACUUUGACCGGUGGCCAGAGGAAGCCCGGAGACAUGACCCAUCUCUCUGUUUUGUUAUUUUCUAUGGAAAUGACUUCAAACUCAAGACAUUAUCUGUUGUUGCCACUAAUGCUGAUGAGUUUCAGACCUGGAAGGUAGGACUACAGAGGUUGGAAAGAUCAGCCAAAGAAGCCACAUACCAGCUACAGCUAGAGAGAUGGCUGCGUCGAGAAUUUUACCUCAUGGAAAAACUAGGUUCCGAUUCGGUUACAUUGAAAAAUAUGAAGGCUUGGAUGCCAAGAAUAAACUUCAAAAUAUCAACCAAUAAGUUACGAGAUAAGUUCCAGGAGGUGUCGCGGAAGGAUGAUAUUCAGUAUGAAGAAUUUGCAGCUUUAUUUCACAAACUCAUACAUGUUCCUGAGAUUAUUACAAAUUAUGUUGAUCACUACUGUGUAGAAGAUCACAAUGAAAGGUGCAUCCUACCAGAUCGAUUCCAAAGGUUCCUAAUAGAAGAACAAAAGGAAAACUUUGCAGAGAAUGGCACUAACGUGAGAAACGUAAUGGUUAAAUUCCUGGAGGAUCCCAUGAGACACAAAGGGAAUGUUUACUUCACAGAUGUUGAGUUUGAGGAUUAUUUAUUUUCUAAAGAUAACCAGGUGUUUGACAUGCAGUAUGAUAAGGUCUUUCAGGACAUGACACACCCUUUGGCUCACUACUGGAUAGCCUCUUCACAUAACACAUAUCUAACGGGGGACCAGAUUUCCAGUGAGUCCUCGGUAGAAGCUUAUGUUCGAGUUCUUAGAAUGGGUUGUAGAUGUAUUGAAUUGGACUGCUGGGAUGGACCAGAUGGAUAUCCAAGUAUUUACCACGGACACACUCUUACCUCCAAAAUCAAAUUUCUAGAUGUUUUACGUGCCAUUAAAGACCAUGCUUGGGUGGCUUCAGACUAUCCUCUGAUUUUGUCAUUAGAAAACCACUGUGGCUUAGGACAACAAAGAAACAUGGCCAUGGCUUUCAGGGAUACAUUUGGAAGUGAACUUUUGGUGGAACCUGUAGAUAGUGACUUUAAAAAAUUACCUUCACCAGAACAGCUAAAAAGGAAGGUCAUUCUCAAGCAUAAAAAGUUGCCCAGUGAAGGCAGAAAUGCUGAGUUGGUGGAAGUGAGGGUGGAUGAUGUUACCAGAGAUGGUGAUGUUUCAAAUGCAGUGAAAACUGGUGUCAUGUAUUUAGAAGACCAAAUUGAAACUCAAUGGCAUCCCCACUUUUUUGUGCUGACCCCAAGUAAGAUGUACUGGACCAAAGAGACCAAUCAGGGAGAUGAGGAGGAGGAAGCGGACGAUACUACAUCAACAAUGGAGCUAGGUGACAGGCCACAAGAUGAACUACACUUUGGAGAGAAGUGGUUCCAUGGAAAAUUAGAGGGAGGCCGAAGAACAGCCAUAGAACUACUGAAUGAGUACAGUUACCUAGGAGACGGGACCUUCCUGGUCAGGGAGAGCGAUACUUUCAUUGGAGACUUCUCAUUAUCAUUCUGGAGACGGAAUGCAGUAGAGCACUGUCGGAUUAAAUCUAAACAAGAGAUGGGCCAAGUUAAAUACUACUUAAUAGAGACAACUUUGUUUGACAGUCUGUAUGACUUAAUUACAUAUUACCGUCAAGUUCCCCUAAGGAGCCCCAGUUUUGUGAUGAAAUUGACAGAACCAGUACCGCAGCUGAAGAGUCAUGAAGAUAAAGAGUGGUAUCAUGACAACCUAAGUCGUGCUUCAGCCGAGAACAUGCUGAAGAGGAUUCCAAGUGAUGGGGCUUUCCUAAUCAGGAGGGGCCAAGCAGGGGACAGUUAUGCCAUCUCUUUCAGGGCUGAUGGGAAAAUUAAACAUUGUCGCAUUGAAUUGGAUGGGCGUUUGUUUGCAAUUGGAUCAGCUCAGUUUGAAAGUUUGAUAGACUUGGUGAAAUAUUAUGAGAAAAAUCCACUUUACAAUAAAGUGAAGUUAAAGAUUCCUGUCAGCCAAACUCUUGUAGACACAAAAGGAGCUAUGCCACGCCCAAAUGAUGAAAGUGCUUCUACAGCAUAUAUAAAUCCAAAUGAGUUGUCUAAGGUUUUUCAAAAUGGGGACGAGCAGUUGUAUGGUGAUGGAAUUUACCACAUGCCAAACGAUAUUUUUCCUCAAACAAAGCUAAGGGCGCGGGCCUUAUAUGACUAUACAGCCAGUCGAAAUGAUGAACUGUCUUUCAGCAAAGGAACUUUAAUCACAAACAUCACAAAAACAGACAAUGGCUGGUGGAGAGGAGAGACCCCCACCAGUCGAGCACCCAUGCUGUUUCCAGGUCAUUUAGUGGAGGAAAUAGAGGAGGAUGAAGCUAAUGACCAGGAACCCCUGGGAACCCUCCAGAAAGGCUCUGUAGAGAUACAAGGCUGUCGUUUAGAGCGCAGUGGUCGCCCAGACAAGCCAUUUACAUUCAAGAUUUUUACUCGCACAAUGCCGAACCCAAUAGAGGUGGCUGUCGAUUCUGAGGAUCAGAUGAUGCAGUGGUUAGAAGCCAUUGAUCAGUGCACCUCAAAAAUGGCUGGAGAGAAAAUGGUGGACAAGUUAAUGGAAAAGAGAAAGUGCCUUGCUAGGGAUUUGUCAGAUCUUAUUAUUUAUGCUGUUGCUGUGCCAUUUGAUCAUGAAAAGGUGUUGAAGAAGAUGACUCACAUAUCUGAAAUGUCAUCCUUCUCUGAGGUCAAGAUUGAUAAAUACUGCUCACAGGCGUAUGCUCAUUUCUUCCUACAUUAUAACAGAACUCAAUUAAGUCGCUGCUAUCCAAAGGGAGGUCGAGUAGAUUCCUCAAACUAUGACCCAAUGCCAAUGUGGAAUGUUGGUUGUCAGAUGGUGGCCUUGAAUUACCAGACACCUGACCGUUCCAUGCAGCUAAAUGAGGGAAGGUUUUUAAAUAAUGGUAAAUGUGGUUAUGUUCUCCAGCCAGACAUAAUGAGAAGACCAGAGUUUGAUCCUUGUAACAAGCAGUCUAUUAAAGAUGUUGACCCCUUAACCUUAUCUAUUAAGAUUAUUGGAGCCAGACAUCUUGUCAAAUCAGGAAAAGGAAUUAUCAGUCCAUAUGUGGAGAUAGAGAUUGCUGGACUUGAAUAUGACAAGAGUAAAUUCAAGACCAACACUAUAAGCCCACCCAAUGGACUUAACCCCAUCUGGAAGGACCAGAACAGUGGGAUAUUUGAUUUGAUUUGUCCAGAAAUGGCUCUUAUCAGAUUUGUGGUGUAUGAUGAGGACACAUUUGGGGAACCUAACUUUGUGGGCCAGGCCACCUAUCCUGUGAUCUGUCUGAAAUCUGGUUAUCGCAGUGUUCCUCUGAAGAAUGGCUUCUCUGAGGAAAUGGAGAUGGCAGCUUUACUGAUCCAUGUAGACAAGAGAAAUCCAAAGGAGUCUGAUGAUAGUGAAAUCUACUCAUGCAUACAAGAUCUUAGGGACAAAAAGGAAAACUUACAAAGCAACAUAAAUGAGCUGAUUAAAGUUGGGCAGUUUGAUCGUGCUACUCGUCUGCAAGAAGAUUUGAGGGAGACAGAACAGAACUUGAUACAGAAGAGUGCAGAAAGGAGGCAGAGAAACUUUCAUUCAUUUAUAGAACAAAGUAUCAGUGAAAGCAAAAUUGUGAACGGCAGAUUUGCCAGUAACCGACCCAUAGUAUAUAGCAGGAGCUCAAAUAGCUGAAGAUGAACUACCCUUUGUUGACCCAAAUCGUGCCCUUUCAUCCUUACCAUCUGAUCUGUGAUACACUGUUGCCAUAGCAAUGACCUCUACAUUUGCUGAAGACCUGAGAAUGCCGAGUUAUUUUUUUGUUUAUGUUUUAGUUUGUAUUUACCAGAACUUUGUGAUAUGUUGUGCAUUGAUGUGGAAUUUUGCAGUGAGUUAUUAUAUGGAACUGAUGUAUGAUUGUUAUUUAGAUGAAUUUGAAUUCAGUAAUUAAGAAUUGUAUUUUGUAUACCAAUACCUGUAUUGUGUUAUAAGGGUGUCACACAGAUUAUAAUUGCAUAGCUUUAGUGACGUUUAGUGAAUAACUCUUGAUAAUGAAAUAUAUUUUGGAUGAGAUUAACAAAACCCAGCUGCUGUUGCCUUACCAUGAAAUGUCACAGUGGCUUUUUUUUUUUUCAAUGACUAAUUAUUGAAUAUAAAAAAAUGUAUAUAAUUACCAUCCAAUUGGAGGCAUAAAAUAGUGCUAGAUUUCUUUAAACUGUAAAAUUUGUACAGGAAUAUGUUUUGUUAGGCAUAACUCACCUGUAUGUAUAUAUUGUAAUGAACAUAUUAAUUGUACAGAAAUCUGAAGAACUCCAUUCUGAUUUUAAUGGUUUAUCUUUCACAUUUUGUAUUUGUCAUUAUGCCAAAAUGCUGAAUCUAGUAGCUUUUCAAAAAAUCUAAAGCUAUAAGCAUUUUUCUUAAGAGAGUGGUAACUGCUGUGAGUACCUACAAGUAUUUAUCUAGCUAGCAUUUGAAAUUUGAAAGCAUGUGAAAAUUUCCCUUCAUUUGCAUGAAAAUCACCCAUGAUACAUGUACCAGCUGAGUUGGGUCACAGGAAGUACAUACUUAAAUUUAGCAUAGUACUUGUUAUGUACAUACCCAGAGUAAAUGCUGUAAUCUGGGACAAAAAUAGUUGUACAUUUGUAUUUAGAAUGAGGAAUAGGGAGACAUGUUUAAGUUCAGCUGUCAAGAUUAAGAAUUUGAAAAAAAAAAUAAUCAUCAGGGAAAUUUACUUUGUUCAUGGGCAAUGAUCAAUAAGCCAAAAGAGAUGAACAAAACCUAAUAUUAGAGUUAGUGAUAAUAUUGACAACAAAUGGCAGAAUGUAAAUGUUUAAGUAAAAUCUUACUGCAUACUUUGAAGUUUUAGAUUAUUUUUACAAUAAUUAUUCAAGAAUGAUAAAUUCUAAUGAGUGAUACUGCUAAAAGAAUAUGAAUUUAUAUUAAUGUCAUAGACUGUGGAAAGUGCACAGAAGUUUAUAAACACGUUGACCAGAGAUUUCAAAAUUUUGGAGUAAUCUAAAGUGGCAUUAGUAUCUGUAUAUUUUUAGGGGAUGUAAAUUUUGUCUUGUUAGAAUGUAAAUUCUGGAUUAUUAAUUUUGUCAAACUGUCAAAAACUUGUAUUAGAAUUAGUGUUUUAAGAUAUUUGAUUACAUUGAUGAUACAUUUACUUCUAUUCAUGACAAUUCUUUUUUCAAGUUUUCUGAAUGAAUUCCGAGAUGCAGCAAUUGAAAAAAAAAUUGAUGUCAUUUUUCACUUCAUGAAUAGUAGACAUAUUAGUCUCCAAAAGCUUUGUAUUUGCUCAUACAAAAUAAUUUAAUUGUUUAUUAACUUCCAUUACCUAGAUAAAAAUAAACGAGAAAGCCAAUGACCAAUUUGUUCAUUGUCAAAUCAUCUGUCUGACAUACUCGUAGUAAGGAUUGUAGGAGAAUAAUUUAGAAUUAUCUCUCUUUGAUAUCCAUCAUGCGAUUGCUAUUACAUCAGUUUUGUUGUUAAUUUUAAUAUUGGACUUGUUUCUGAUGUAUGUUAAUUUACUUGAACCCUAAUAUAACAUUUAUAUUAUAAUAACAUCAAUUAUAAUGUAGUUUCUUUUUUAUAUGAAUAUUUUCUUGGGUGAACUCAUUUAUGCUCCCACAUUUUUAUUAUAUACAUAAUGUUUAUGGGGUUUUUAAAACUCUUUGUCUCAGGCUGUGGACACAAGCUCUUAGGUUUUGUAUUCUUGUUGCUGAUUUUGUAUUUUCUGAGAAACCACAUGUUUAAAGUUCAGUUGUUUUUGCUAGAGAGCAAAUUUUCCUUUCUUUAAGAAAAAUCUGCCCACUGCUCAAACUGAAAAAAGUAGUUUUUGCUUGGUAAGGGCUAUUAAUUUAUAUUUUGUGAGAAAGUCAAAGCAGUGACCUAUAUACUUUUAGUAUAUGCAUCCAUGGUCAAACUUUAAUUUUUUUCCAAUAUUGAGACUGCAUGAUUAUGAUUAAAACAAAAUUAUUAUUUUUCUGAGAAUAUCCAAGAACACAGCAUCCUUAAUCUGAAAAAUAAUGAAACAGUAAUUUUCAGAAGCUUUUAUUUUCUUUUCCUAAAAUUGUUGAUGUGUAGAAAAAUAAUAGUAAAGUGGUUAUGUUAAUUAAUAUAAUACUAUUCUUUGCCUAAAUUUUGUACCAUCCGAUGUCAAUAAACAUAUUUUUAAAAACUC